CCAUCACUGAGAAUCUCCAUAAACAAAUAGACACUAUUAUUCUAAAUUCAUAUAAAAUUCAUAUAAAAUUGAUAAUAGUAUUUUUUAAAAACCCGGAUUAUACUAUUGAGACAUUGUAUCUAAGUAAUGAUAUAACCUGGAAUUACUCCUCUUGUGGAAAGGAAGUAAAACAGUCAUAUAUUUUGGAAAAAGCACACUUUUGUGGUAAAACCUGCAGAUUUGAGUCUUUUAAAAGAAUGGAAAGUGAAGCCCGCAAAGGUGCGUAUCAUAGACGGACGCUUUGGAGCCUGGCUCGGCCAAUUAGGUGUGGUAAGACAGUCAUUUCCGGAUUGCUGAAAACGGGAAAGACAGAAUGUGUUUUUGACACAGCCUACGCCUAGCAAUGAACCACAAACACAGCAUGGUCAGACUUUUGGAAGGGAUGAGAGCAAGAAUUGGAGUGAAUUAUAAAGAAACGCAGAGCAACGUAUUUCGAACUUUCGCAAUAGUUUGACUUUCCCACCGCCCCAUUUCCCCGGCAACUGGUCGCAGGGAAGCCCUUACUUAAGCCUACUAUCCACCGAGGGAUUCCCGAAAUCAGUCUUUAUCGCCCGCCCCCAUGCAGUUCCGCAUCCUUAUUUCUGGCGCCUUGGAGAUUCAUUCGUUGAAAGGAAGAAUACAAUGAGUAGAAGUUCCCCCGCGAUGUUUGGGAACUUCUUUUCCCACCUGGGUCCGAGAAUCCUAGUGCUCUUCUCACUGUUUUCCGGAGUGCUGGGUGACUGUGGACCUCCACCACUAUUGGAAAAUGCUAGGCCAUUUGAUCCUAUUAAACCUUCUUACAAACCUUAUGAGUCAGUAGUCUUCAAAUGUCUUCCUGGCUAUAGAGAAGACUCCAGCAAACCAUACAUAACAACUUGUUCUCCAGACAAAGGAUGGAACCCAUUGGAAGAGUUUUGUGAGCGUGGCUGUAAGAAUCCACGUGAGACCAGAUUUAGUGUAGUGGUUGAAUUUCUUCGUUUCUACCCCGUGGGAACAGUUGUGCACCAUGUUUGCCAUCGAAGCGCUAUCCACAUUCCUGGUCGUCCAGAAAGGCCUGCUAUUACUUGCUUGUCAAAUUAUACCUGGUCAUCAGUCCCAGUUUUUUGUAAAGGACUACCAUGCGGUGAUCCAGGGAAACCAGAAAAUGGUGACCGUAUUAUGCUAAUGGAUUUCCUGCUAAAAGCAAAAGUAAAUUUCAGCUGUAAUGAAGGGUACCAAUUAAUUGGAUCACCUACAAUCCAGUGCUUAUCACGUGCAUAUGAUGAUAAUACAGUCGUAUGGAAACCAAAGCCUCCAAUAUGUUUCAGGCCCACUUGUCCUCCUCCUCCAGAAAUAAAGAAUGGAAUUUAUACUGGAGGAAAGAAUGUAACUUUUCCUCUUUACUCAAAUGUGACCUAUACCUGUGAUCUUGGGUUUUCACUUUCUGGAGGUGAUCUUCUGCAUUGUAUAACUGAAGAUAAUGAAACUGGGAUCUGGAGAGGGUCUGUUCCUGAAUGCAAAGACAUUAUUCGUGAGGUGAAAGAGCCUAUUAAGGGCUACUUACGUGACCUAAUUGUAGUCUUAGGACGCAAGCUGGACAUCCCUGCUAUAUACAAGAAAAGGCUGGAGUUGCUGUACAAGCCAAAAUUGUUCUACCCAAUGACAGGAAUCCAAUAA